CGGGCGAGCCUCUGAGGGGAGGAGGCUCCGCGUCCUCGCCCUUCCCCGCCGCGCUCCCGCUCCCGCUCCCGCACACGCGCAGCGCCGGCCCGCGGCUGCCUCCGCCUCCUCGCCGCCCCCCCUCGGCCGGGGUCCCCGCGCCCGCCCCCCCGCAGGACGAUGUGGUGCUGCGCGGCAGCGGGGCGGCUGCGGCUCCGGCUCCGGCUCGGCCGGGGGCUGCGGGGUAACUGAGCGCGGCGGGGGGGCCCGGCCCGGCCCGCCCGGCCUCGCUCCUCCGCACGGACGUGGCUCUUAUAUGAAGACCUUGUGGGGACAGUAAUGACCGCACGUUUCCGAUUGCCUGCUGGCAGAACCUACAAUGUACGAGCGUCUGAGCUGGCACGAGACAGGCAGCAUACAGAGGUGGUUUGCAAUAUACUUCUCCUGGAUAACACUGUACAAGCUUUCAGAGUUCAUAAACAUGAUCAGGGACAAGUUCUGUUGGAUAUAGUCUUCAAGCAUCUCGAUUUGACGGAGAGAGAUUAUUUUGGUUUACAGUUGGCUGACGAAUCCACCGAUAACCCAAGGUGGAUGGAUCCAAACAAGCCAAUUAGGAAGCAAUUAAAAAGAGGAUCUCCUUACAGUUUGAACUUUAGAGUCAAAUUUUUUGUAAGUGACCCUAACAAGCUUCAAGAAGAAUACACGAGGUACCAGUAUUUUUUGCAAAUUAAACAAGAUAUUCUUACUGGAAGAUUACCCUGUCCUUAUAAUACUGCUGCUCUUUUGGCUUCCUAUGCUGUUCAGUCUGAACUGGGAGACUACAGUCAUUCAGAAAACUUGCCAGGCUACCUCUCAGACUAUUCUUUCAUCCCUAGCCAGCCUCAAGACUUUGAAAAAGAAAUAGCAAAAUUACAUCAACAGCACAUAGGCUUGUCUCCUGCAGAAGCAGAGUUCAAUUAUCUCAAUACGGCACGUACCUUAGAACUCUAUGGAGUUGAGUUGCACUAUGCAAGGGAUCAAAGUAACAAUGAAAUUAUGAUUGGAGUGAUGUCAGGAGGAAUACUAAUUUAUAAGAACAGGGUACGAAUCAACACUUUUCCAUGGUUGAAGAUUGUAAAAAUUUCUUUUAAGUGCAAACAGUUUUUUAUUCAACUUAGGAAAGAAUUGCAUGAAUCUAGAGAAACAUUACUGGGAUUCAAUAUGGUGAAUUAUCGAGCCUGUAAGAAUUUGUGGAAGGCUUGUGUUGAGCAUCACACUUUCUUCCGACUGGACAGACCUCUACCCCCUCAGAAGAACUUUUUUGCACAUUAUUUUACUUUGGGUUCAAAGUUCCGAUACUGUGGGAGGACAGAAGUCCAGUCUGUACAGUAUGGUAAAGAAAAAGCAAACAGAGACAGGGUAUUUGCAAGGUCCCCAAGUAAACCAUUGGCACGGAAAUUGAUGAGCGGAAUGGACUGGGAGGUAGUAAGUAGAAAUUCACUGUCAGAUGACAGGUUAGAAACUCAGAGCCUACCAUCACGAUCUCCACCUGGAACCCCAAAUCAUCGCAACUCUGCUUUCACUCAAGAGGGAACCCGUUUACGACCAUCUUCAGUUGGACACUUAGUGGACCAUGUAGUUCACACCUCACCAAGUGAAGUUUUUGCAAAUCACAGAUCUCCAUCUUCCACGCAGGCGAACAGCAUUAUUCUAGAGUCAUCGCCAUCCCAGGAGACCCCUGUAGAUGGGCAGCCACCUGCAUUACCACCCAAACAAUCGAAAAAGAACAGUUGGAACCAAAUUCAUCAUUCUCACUCCCAGCAAGACCUGGAUAACCAUAUUAAUGAAACAUUUGAUGUUCCCACAUCGCCUGAAAAAUCCACACCCAACGGUGGUGUUCCCCAUGACAAUCUUGUUCUGAUUCGAAUGAAACCAGAUGAAAAUGGGAGAUUUGGCUUCAAUGUAAAGGGUGGAUAUGACCAGAAGAUGCCUGUGAUAGUGUCAAGAGUAGCCCCAGGAACACCUGCUGACCUCUGUGUCCCUCGUUUGAAUGAAGGAGACCAGGUUGUCCUGAUUAAUGGCAGGGAUAUAGCAGAACAUACCCAUGAUCAAGUUGUCAUGUUUAUUAAAGCUAGCUGUGAGAGGCACUCAGGGGAACUUGUGCUCCUUGUUCGACCCAAUGCUGUCUAUGAUGUGGUAGAGGAGAAGAUGGAGAAUGAGCCUGACUUUCAGUACAUCCCCGAGAAAUCCCCACUGGAUGGUAUCCAUCAAGAUGAUAAUGCUCUGAGGGAAUCUAUGAUUCAACUAGCAGAGGGGCUCAUCACCGGAACUGUUCUAGCCCAGUUUGAUCAAUUAUAUAGGAAAAAACCUGGAAUGACAAUGUCUUGUGCCAAAUUACCUCAAAACAUUUCCAAAAAUAGAUACAGAGACAUUUCGCCUUAUGAUGCUACACGGGUCAUUUUAAAAAGUCAUGAAGAUUACAUCAAUGCAAAUUAUAUAAAUAUGGAGAUCCCUUCUUCCAGCAUAAUAAAUCAGUACAUUGCUUGUCAAGGUCCAUUACCAAACACUUGUCCUGAUUUUUGGCAAAUGACUUGGGAGCAAGGUUCAGCUAUGGUUGUAAUGUUGACUACUCAAGUUGAGCGAGGCAGAGUUAAGUGCCAUCAGUACUGGCCAGAGCCUACAGGAAGCUCAUCAUAUGGGAAUUUCCAGAUUGCCUGCCAUUCAGAAGAAGGAAAUCCUGCUUAUGUCUUCAGAGAGAUGACACUGACUAACUUGGAGAAAAACGAAAGUCGUCAGCUCACCCAGAUUCAGUACACAGCAUGGCCAGAUCAUGGGGUUCCUGAUGAUUCCAGUGACUUUCUGGAUUUUGUGUGUCUAGUACGGAAAAAAAGGGCUGGCAGAGAAGAGCCUGUUGUUGUUCAUUGCAGUGCUGGGAUUGGACGGACAGGGGUUCUUAUCACGAUGGAAACAGCUAUGUGUCUAAUUGAGUGCAAUCAGCCUGUUUAUCCAUUAGAUAUUGUGAGAACAAUGAGAGAUCAAAGGGCCAUGAUGAUCCAAACCCCUAGUCAAUACAGAUUUGUUUGUGAAGCUAUUUUGAAGGUGUAUGAAGAAGGAAUUGUUAAACCCCUAAAGACAUUGCUGCAUAAAUAAAGAGCAAAAGGGCUGGGAUACAGAUUGAAGAAUCCUGUCCUCUAAUAAACUUGGCAGCCUUCAUCGUGCCAUAACACUGCUUGCAGGAAAUGGUAUUGGAGAACAGCAAAGAAUUGACAAAGGACUUCGAAGACUUCAGCACUGUUGCACUUUAUGUUGAAACAAAAAUCAGUCUCUAAAACUCUAUAACUUUCAUGUGUUUGAAGACUUUAUUUUCAUGCUUUGCUCCGAACAAACAAACUGUAAACUGAAAGAACUAAGUGUGUUCAGGGUAACUUCCGAUAUUUCAUUGUAGUGCCAUAUACUCCCCCUUCUGAUUCAAUUGCUACAAACAAGGCUUGGAAUUAUUUCACUCUGUUAUACACCUACAUCUUUAAAGAACAAAAAAAACAACAAAAAAAUACACUAAGCUAUGGUCUCUUCCAGUGCUAGGUGAUUUGCCAUGUACAGAUUCUCCGUUUUUGUUUUUUUAAAAAACAUUAGCAAUAUUGCCAAUAUUAGAAACACACUGCCUACUGAUGCAGCACUUUGCCCUCCAUCCUGUUUUGAGACCAGCUAGUUAUUGAAGGAAAGUUGGCAUCUGUGUUAACCCAGCAGUAGCUGCAUAAUGCCCACUUACCAGCAUCUUGUGAAAUAUAAACGAUAUUGCUUUGAGUUAAUGACACGACUUAGUGCCCAACACUGGUGUAUUCGGAUUCACUUGAGUUAACAUUACAUCGUGGGAACUAGUGCAUGCAUUAUGUCUUAACCCCUUAAGUGCCUUGAGACUUACAAUGUACGUCUAAUGAAGAAGGCACUCGUAUAACCCUUUGGGGGUAGUAUCAUCCUUUCAUAUUUUUUCGUCAUGGGUUCACGUUUUAAAAUGGCCCUUGGUGCUUGGAGUAUGUUACUGCAAGGGGUCACAGAAAUACCAUUCCCUCUUUCCUUUUACAGGUACCUGCAUGCUACUACAGGUAGCAAAAGCACCUCUGCCUACUUAAUGAACAAGCAUUGUUUGCUGCUGUGUAAUUUUGUGGAAAAUCUGACACAUUCCUUUCAACUGGUAACUUUUAUUAGCAGCUUAACAUGAAAUGCCAGUAGGUUGUUAGAAUUUGAUCCUCUCUCUUACCCUCCCAUUGAGAGAAGCUAUCUCAUUUGAUUAGAAUAUACCUUUUUUUACAGCACUGAUACUUAAGCUUAAACUUACAGUCAAAUGUGAUUAAUUCCUUUCCAUCCCUGUUAACUAACUAUUUUUCUAAGUCAUCAUCAGUUGAUUUCAAGCCAUGUUCGUACUGGACUGCUUUUUUUUUUUUUUUUUUUUUUUUUGAGUAAGACAAGACUGUCACGUUUCCCAAAACUUUAAUUCCUUAGUAACCCCAGUCAUUUUCUGUUAUCCUUGUGGAAAAUUAAAUUGUUCCAGUUUGUAUGUCUUGUUUCUUAUUUAAGUCAUUAGCAUGUGUGUAACAAAAGACUUAUGUCUCUGUCUGAUACAGUAUCUGAGCUCAUUCUAAAGAUGUGUAUAUUUUGUCCCUUUUAAUACUUUUUUCAAGUAUGGAAGAAGCCAAGUGGUAAGCAAGGUGUCCAUCUUGAUAUACAGGAAGAAGAGAUUCAGUCACUUUCUACACUGCCCUGUAAAAACCUAAUAUUACGUGCCGUGUAUUUAAAAGUUUUAAGUUAUUUUAUUGGUUUCCAGAAAAUUAUUAUCUGAUCAGUUUUGUUAAUAACCUAUAUAUAUUGCCUAGAAUUAAAAGAUGAAUUCUUUUCUUAAGCUGAAGAAGAUUAAAUAUUGUAAAAUUCUUCUAUAUAAUACACUGUGUUCCUUGGACAGCUAGAAAAGACCACAGUUGUGAAGGAUAUGAAUAUACAACCAAUUUAUUGCAGGUCAGAAGGGACUGGGCUUUACUGAAUAUCAGCUGCUCUAUGGUAAAUGCAUGUAUGUAUGUAUGUAUGUAUACUCUUACCACAUACUGUGUGGUAGUCAAGUCAUGGCACGUACACACUCAGGUCAUGGCAUACACAAGCAAACUCAUGUGUGCACACUCAACUGGAGUCAUGGCACAUGCAUGCUCCUGUCAGCUUGUGCGCAUGCAUGCACACACAUUCUCUCUUUUUCUCUCAAGUCAUGGCACAUACACACCCGCACACACUCAAGUCCAGUCAUGGCACGUGUGUACACACACUCAAGUCGAAUAAUGGCACAUGCAUGUACACACACUACCUACUGUGAUUUAACUUGCAGUUCCUGCAGGGUAAGAGCAUGCCAUGGGCACAACACAGGGCAGCUAACACAUGGCAAAGCCCUUGCCCCUUUUUAUACUGUUGUAAAUUACUUGUAUGUCCAUACCCAGGAUUUUAAAAAAACAGUGAAAAUGAAUUCAGGUAAAUUGAAGCUUUCGUUUCUGAAUUUGUGACCAUCAAGAGCCACAAUGCCAAAUAAAGAGAUAUAGAGUUUUAAAUAUUUUUAGAAAUAAAAGAGAACAUAAUAUUAGAUGGGCUAUUGCCCCUGUUUACAAAGAAAUUCUACUACUUAUAUUUCUAGAUUUGAGAUUUGUGUCUAUAUUGUCCCUCAGCGAACAGAUAAAUCUUAUUUGAUGAAAUUUGAGUGUAAACUGAGUGCUGCUGCCGGAAAACUGACAAUGUGGCCAUGGUUCCUGAAGAAAUGGGUGGGAAAUUAUACCCACGUUGAAACUGAAAAUUAAUUAGUCAGAAUGGGCUACCAAAAACCAUCCCGGUUCAGUUUGUAAUCUCCAGCCUAUAAGAGGUGUGCCACCUUAUGUCUGCAGGGGUGUUGGUUGUAGCUGUGUUGGUCUAAGGAUGUAGGUAGAUGAGGUUCUUUGAGUAAAUCUGAUAUCUUUAAUUAGACCAAUGCAAAUACUUGGGGAAAAUUCUUCUUUGCAAGCUUUCAGGUACAAACACCUUAUGUCUGCCAUACUUGGAAAACACCUGUGAGGGCCUGGAUGCCCAGCAUCUAGGAAGGCACUGAGAACCAUACAGUUCAAAAACUGUAUCUAGUGUCAGUUCAGAGAUCAAAAAUAGUUUUGUCAUGGGCUUCUAUUUUGACAACUAGAAAAGUAGAAAUGAUGUUUUAAAGGUGCUUUCUGUGAAAAUAUUUAAAAAAGAAGUUCUCUCUUUCACUGACUAUAUUUAACAAAACACGAAAGAGCACAAGAUGUUUUGCCAUACCUAGAUGCCCAAGAAUACAUGGGAAAGCACCUUUGGAUACCAAGCCCAGCAGCAGCUGUUUCCAUUUUGAUGGCCAGGCAAAAUAAAUGUUUUACCAUUUGAUUUUAGAAAGAAAAAUAGUAGCGCUAUCUGGCUUGAAUUUCAGUUUUAAUUUGCAGCAGACGUGUUACCCUGUAGUGAAAGUUUAAGAUUUGAUCUUCCUUGUGACAAUAUCUUGAGACGUAACGUUGGUUAGGUGGAGGACUAAAUUAAGUUAAGCACUUAAUAUCUAAACAUUUAAAUUAAAAAAUAUACAUCCAUUAUAUUAAAAUGAACUAUCUUCAUAGUAAAUACGUAAAUGACAGUAAUGGAAUUGCCCUUUUUAUAUACCUUUAUUGAGGGAAAGCAGGAUAGAGAGUUAAUCGCAACAUUGGAUAGUGUUGGUGUGUGGCAUGUUUAAACACUCUGUGAGGUUGCCAAAGCGGUUUGAGUUAACACGACCCAUUUAUACCACAAUUAUACAUGGAAUAUAUUUAUUGGCUAUUUUUUAUUAUUGUGUUGGUUCUGGAUGGAGGCAAAAGAAACAGAUUUCUUUGUCUGAAUUAACUUCAGUUGAUUUAAUAUACUAACUAGGUGUAGUGGGGGAAACAAAUCCUAGCUGUAUGUUAAGUGAGCUGGUAUGGCCACCAGCUGAAAAACAAACAUCAGUGAAGUCUUAGUUACCACCCUACAUGCUUCCAGGGAAAUUUAGAGUUUGAUGGAAAAUAGUGAAAAAACAUCAAGAUCUUUUUAACACCAUGCAGCAUUAGUACAACAGAAUGAUGUUCCUACCAGUUGUGGUAUAAAUGGCCUUGAAGUAUUUUUCUAUGGUCAUAAAAGAAAGUCAGAACUGCUAAAUAUUUUACCUUGGGUUAUGAAGAUCUGUAUCAUUAUCCUCAAAAGGAAAAGAAAGAGAUAUUUUUUAGGUUUUUUGUGUGUUUCAUGCUGUAUAAAACAUGAAUGUAUCUUACAGACAUAACAACCUAUAUGUGGUUAAUGUCAUGACUGUUGGAUUUUAUGGAUAAUUAUUUUCAUACCAUUUGUUUAGAAGAAAAAAUUAGGUGGGUGGGAAGAAAAUGAAACAAAAAAAGUUAAGUUUGUAAAACUUCCAUGAUACAAAUGCAGUUUUUUAAAGGUCAAGCGGUUUUCAUUGUAAAUAAGAGCAAUAUUAUGAUGGUUUUGUGCCAAUGUAUAAUGAACAGGCAUUUUUGUUUUCCUUUUGGCUUUAUGAUUGAAAACUGCAACUGCCAUCUAUUAUUUCAAGUAGCUUUGAAGGUUUUUAAUGGAUAAAUUUGGGGCUCUAGAGGUGGGGUUUUGUCUUGUUUUGGUUUUUUUGAGUGUUUGGGUUGGAGGCAUGAUUUUUUUCCCAGUUCUUUGGUUUUGUUAAAUAUGAAGUAACGAUCAGGUAGCACCCGCAUCAGAUGUCAGCCAUUUUCUUUGAAAAGUAUGAUUUCAGAUAAGCUAAUUUAAUGAAUUUUCCCAAGAUUUGGUGACAUUGAAAUUGGAGUUGUUUGGCAUUUAUUGUUAAGCAAUAAAGCAUAGUGCUUCUCUCCUGUUUAUUCCAAAAUAUGCUAUCUCAGUCACUAAGAACAAAAGCUGUGAUUAUUCAUCUCAUUACAUUUAAUAUCAGUUGAUGUUUCCUCCAGGUUUCAUCUAAUGAAUUAGAUUUUGAAAUGAUUUUAGUUGAUGUUCUUCCUGCUUCUUUAGGGAAGCACUUCUUUAGGGUAGCAUCUUAAUCGCACAGCCAUCCUGCAUCAUUACAAGGGUUAAAAAGCAGUUAGAGGCAAGGGGAGAUGUCUAUUGUGGAACCACGUAGCUGACACCUUCUCACGGGGAAUCAGCAGAAACUUUGCGGUUUCCAGGGAAGGACCAAAAAGCAGCUGAACUCCGCAGUUCCACUGCACAGGGCAACAGGAAGUGAAAAUGGGUGCGUGGAGAUGCUGCAGCUCUUGGCACAUAGAGGAGCUGAAUUGUGUGGUAUUUCCACGCCACUAUAGUGUGUGUUGGGGUGAGGGCAGGUGGAGGAUGUUCAAUGGUUCAGGGAAAUAGCAAGACUGGUCAGUAAGUCAGCAAACUGUACGGAACCACCAUCCACAAAUCUCCAAGUAAGGAACGUGAUAUCCAGUCCGUGUGCUGUAGUAGUGCCUGCAGAGCUGCUGUGCAGGUGACCCACGGCCCAGGUUUUGGGGGGAGAGUGAGUGGAGGAUUCUUGUCCCAAUUUCCUAUUCGAUUUCCCCAAACUUUGUACAAGUGACAGGAAAUUUAACCCCUGGAGUCUGUUUCCAAUCUCUCACGUUCCAGGAGUCCAUGUCCCUGCUCUGCUAUACAUUACACUCUCUCAGAACAGCUGUUUGACUAAUCUUAGUAGAAGGCAGGUAGAUGUGCACCGUUAUAGACUAAAAAAGAGAUGUAUAGUACAAGGUUUUACAAGCAGAAAGAAGGCUUAUAUCAUUGAUUUUAAUAGCCAGCUUUCCUUUAAAGUAAAUAUGGCAUGUGUUUUAUGAUGGGAAUAGCUCUUGUAUGUGGUAUGGGUUGGUUUGUUCUUUUACCAUUGCCACACGUGAUGGAGCAAUAUGAGGGUCAAACGCUAAAGCUAAGUUACCGUAUCCAUUAUGUAAUGGUGAAUCCCACUUUAUCUGUUGAAACUGUAAAGAUAAGUCUAUUAAUGGUGUUGGGGAAAGUGCUGGGAGGGAAAGGGGACUUGUUUGCCUUUAACAAACCUACUUUUUCCAAUAGUAUGUUGUCAUACCAUAGUAGUGUGCUGAAGCUGAAAUGGUUGGAUUAGCAGCCUUCAGAGUUGGUAACAACAGCUGAAAAUCACCUCUCUGCAAGUUACUGGCACCACCACAAGUCAGCAGGCUUCUUCAGAGGAGGGGUGAAUCGGUGCAUGGCUACAGCCUGCCCCUUUGCAUGUGAAUAUCUUCCAUCCAUUGUAAUCCAAGUUGAGAGGAAUUGUUCUUUUAAGAAAAAAAAAUGCACAUGGAUAUGUUGAACCUUGAUCAGCUGGAAAUCAAAUGUACUGGUUACUUUAUGAACCAGAUAAUUGGAAGAAAACAGCUUCAAAAUCCCUCAGUCUGUGAAUAAACCUCGGCACUCAUUUUUUGCUUUACAAACUUUGGCUGACAACUUCUGUUGGUUGCAUUACUUCAUAUUUAGCAAGUUUUUACUUUUCUAAGGCUGUUUUUUUCCCUAGGUUUCUUGAAUUUUGAAUAGUAGCACUUUAUCUGAAGCUUACUACUGACUGAAUAAUUGAACAAAAUAAAUUGUUAUGGAUUUGGGGAGAGAUGCUAAAUUGAUUUCAGCAGAGUUGAUUUGGAUCAUACCCUGAUAUGAAUGCAUUAUGUUCCGUUUCUGAUAUAUUUUCAUUCGUCUCUGAGGGACUUUCAGAUAACAGGUUAUGACAGUUCUAGCCUUUGAAUUUUUUUUAUCAAAAUAAUUUUAGGCUUGAUACUAAAAAGGUGCAGACACAAAUUACAGGGUACCCUUAAAUUCAUCUCUGUUCUCUCUCAGCUAGCUGCAAAUGAGCUACGUUUACUGUAAAUGUUUCUGCUUAGCAUAAUUUUAACGUUAGGUAAUUACCUGGAAAUCAGUAUUCUUUUUUGUACUUAACUUAUUUUGAGUUUUGAUAACUACAGAUAAGUAGAUUAUGCACAACAGUAAUUUUUUUUUUUUAAGUUAUAACCCUUUUACUCAUAGGCCAGAGGCCUGAAACAUGAAUGCAGGGGUUAAAACAGUUUACAUUAAGCUGUUGUUCUCUUUAUUAAUUAGAAUAUAUUCACAAAGACUAGACUACAAACUGCCCAGUGCAAUUAUCCCAGUACAUUAGGGCUCCACAGUAACAAAACGUAACAUCAUUUUAAUAAAUAAGGAAAAAUAGGUUUUAUUUUCUACAGAGUAGUUUUAACUUCAGUUCAGGUAGUUCACUGACCUGUGAUCUAGUUUCAACUAGCAAAUUUGGCAAGGCUGUUUUUGUGUGUUUUUCUGUAACAGGUGCUAUACUCUAUGUGUAAAUACAAAGGGAAAAAAAAUCUUGUCUGGAUCAUAUUCACAGUCAUAUAGGUGGCAAUAUUUAUUUGUUAGUCACAGUAAUGAGUUUGCAUUUUUGGCUGCAGCUUUACAUUUGUCUGAUUUCAACUGGGUUUCAUACUGACAUGACUGACAGUGUAAAGUAGAUCCUCUCCGUUGAUUAGCUACUUUAUUAUUUAUUCAGCCUAGUUCUAUUAUACAUAUUCCUAUUAAUGUUAAAAAAAUGCUUUUUUCCCCAUAAGUAGACACUUGCCUCCUUGAAUUUGUAUGACUGUUCAUCAAAGAAAUCCAUUCAGAAAACACAACGUCUAGGCCGAGUAGCCAGGGUGGUCAACUGAAAUGACAAACUUGAAUUUGGUCAACACUGGACAAUGUGAAAAGAACUUCAGCUUCUGUCACUGCAGCUACUGUAUGCUUUAAAGGGCCUUAUGUAUUUGUCCUCAUUUUAGUAAAAUGAAAGUUCUUGCCAUGGAUACAGUACACUAACGUCCUACAGAAUACCAGCAGCUCCCUGGAUAAAUAUGCUAAUUAACAUUUAACAAGUCUUGUUUUAGUCUUAAGAACAAUUUCAUUCUCUUAUGUGAAAUAAAUGCUGUUAUGCAUAUUUUGUGGAUAUAUUUAAUUUCAAUUGACAAAUAGUUGUCUAGGUACAAACUUGGAAAAAUACAUAUAGUUUCCUUGUGGAUCUUAAUUGUUUAAUUGCAAAAUAAAGAUGUGCUUUAGUAAUUUAAAGUUUAA